UGCUGCUAUCUCUCUCCCCUCUCCCUCUCUCUCUCUCUCUAAAAAAAGCCAUAGCUGAAUCGAAUCAAUCAAUACACACAAUAACAAAUUAGCAACGGUUUCCAUUAUAGUGUCACCACAAACCAUGGGUUUUCCCGUCGGAUACACAGAACUUCUCUUCCCAAAACUCGUCCUUCACCUUCUCUCCAUCUUCACCUUCAUCCGAAAACUCAUUUCCGUCAUUUUCACCCAUCUGGGUCUCCCCGAUUUCAUCGAACCCGACAUUCCAUGGCCCGAGAACUCAACCCGAAUACCCGAAUUCGAAUCCGUUUCAGCUCUUCUCAUCCGCGAAAUCCUACCGGUUGUCAAGUUCAACGAGCUAGUGGACCCACCUGAAAGCUGCGCCGUUUGUCUCACGGAGUUCGAGGAAAACGAUGAGAUCAGACGGUUAGCGAAUUGCAGACACAUUUUCCAUCGAGGUUGUUUGGACCGUUGGAUGGGAUACGAUCAGAGAACGUGUCCUUUGUGUAGAACAUCGUUCAUACCGGAUGAUAUGCAAAGUGCUUUCAAUGAAAGACUUUGGGCGGCUUCUGGGAUCCCUGAAUUUCACUCUGAUGUUUCUGUUUUGUAGCUUCUUUGAAAACCUAAGAAGAACAAACAUGUUUGGCUUUUGUUGUUUAAGGUUGUUUUUUUAUUUGUUUUUUUUUUAUUUGUACAUAGAUAGAACUCGUGAAAAAAAAUGAGAUUUUAUAUAGAGAUGAAUUUUGUAGAUUUUGGAUC